AUGGUUUCGAUCAAUCCGGAAUAUGACUAUCUGUUCAAACUUCUGCUGAUUGGUGAUUCUGGUGUUGGAAAGUCAUGUUUAUUGCUCAGAUUUGCUGAUGAUACUUAUACCGAAUCAUACAUUUCAACUAUAGGAGUGGAUUUCAAAAUUCGCACUAUCGAUUUGAAUGGGAAAACCAUCAAACUACAAAUUUGGGAUACAGCAGGACAAGAACGAUUCCGUACAAUUACCUCCAGUUAUUAUAGAGGCGCUCACGGUAUCAUCGUUGUAUAUGACAUUACCGAUCAGGAGUCAUUCAAUAAUGUCAAACAGUGGUUACAAGAGAUUGAUCGGUAUGCAUGCGAGAAUGUCAAUAAAUUGCUUGUUGGGAAUAAGUGUGAUUUAAUAAUCAGAAGGGCGGUCGAGCAUAGCGCUGCUAAGGAAUAUGCUGAUCAAUUGGGAAUUCCGUUUUUGGAAACAUCCGCUAAAUCAUCAACGAAUGUUGAACAGGCCUUUUUAACAAUGGCAUCUGAAAUAAAGAAUCGAAUGGGUCCAAUCCAACAAGUUGGUACAGGCCCAUCAGUGCGCAUAGGGGGAUCUCAACCUGUGAAUGAAAAGAAGAGUGGCGGCUGUUGCUGA